GUGUUUAAUUUUAGAAAUACGACAUGACCUAGCUGCUCACAAGGCCUAUUCCUGCAUGUUUGAAAUUCAGGGCCCAAUGAAACAAUGACAAAACUUUCAAAAGAUUUCAGAGGCAUUGCUUGGACUUGACCAAGGAAUGUCAAUAGCCCAUGGAGUUCCAGUGAUAUGCCUCCGUGGGAUCUGAGAAGGCAAGCGGCUCUUUAACACAUACCUCCAAAAUGGAAGGGAAUGAGGCCUCUGAUGAAGACCACCUCGUUGAUUAUGCUAUUCAAUUUAGCAUCCAGGAAUCCCUUGAAAGUGAACGGAAUCAGCAAACACCUUCCCCCAACCAUGAAACAAGGUUUUUGCCACUCAGUGGACAAAAUAGGAAACUUGUAGCUGCCAUAAGAGAAGGCCAAAUAUUUGAUCUUCAGAACUAUGUGAAAUAUAAGUAUGCUUUGGAUGAGGCUGAUGAAAGAGGUUGGUUUCCUUUACAUGAAGCUGCUUCUCAGCCAAUCCAGCAAAUACUUGAAGUAAUAUUGGAUGCAUCAUAUAAAGCUAUGUGGGAAUAUAAAACAUGUGAUGGAGAAACACCGUUAACUUUGGCAGCCAAAUCUGGCCAUGUGAAAAAUGUCAGGACUCUAUUGGAAAAGGGGGUCUGGCCCAAUACUACCAAUAGAAAAGGAGAAACCCCUCUUCUGAUAGCAGUGAGACAGGGCUCCUAUGAAAUGGCUUCCACUCUGAUUGAGUACAACUGCACCAUCAAUCAGCCAUGUGUAAAACGCUGGUCGGCACUGCAUGAAGCAGCCAAACAAGGUCGCAGUGACCUUGUGGUGCUUCUUUUGAAGAAUGGUGGGAAUGUACACCUGAGAGAUGGAUAUGGGGUAACACCCUUAGGCACAGCUGCUGAAUAUGGCCACUGUGAUGUGCUGGAGCAUCUAAUUCAUAAAGGUGGUGAUGUUUCUGCUAGAGCUGAUGAUGGCUCAUCAAUACUCUUUGAAGCGGCUGGAGGUGGUAAUCCAGACUGUAUAGCUUUGCUCUUGGAAUAUGGGGGAAGCGGUAAUCUGCCGAAUAAAGCUGGACACCUGCCUAUCCACAGAGCAGCCUAUGAAGGGCAUUAUCUGGCCUUGAAAUUCCUCAUUCCAGUUACGUCCAAAACUGCAAUCCAGAAAAGUGGACAGAGUCCCAUUCACUCUGCAGCAGAUGGCCAAAACCCACAGUGCCUAGAACUUCUAAUUGAAAAUGGUUUUGAUGUUAAUGCCCUCCUGGCCGAACAUAUUUCACAAAGUUAUGACGAUGAAAGGAAAACAGCACUUUAUUUUGCUGUUUCCCACAAUGACAUUCUCUCAACAGAAGUAUUGUUGCAAGCUGGUGCAGACCCUAACAGAGACCCCCUCAACUGUCUUCUUGUGGCAGUGAGAGCUGGCAAUCAUGAAAUUGUAAGGUUGCUUCUUUCUUAUGGAGCCAAUGUGAACUGCUACUUUAAUCGUGUGAAUGACACUCAUUUCCCCAGUGCCAUUCAGUAUGCUUUGAAUGAUGAGGUAAUGCUAAGGUUGCUGCUGAACCAUGGAUAUGAUGUGUAUCUGUGUUUUGACUGCAUGCAUGGGGACAUCUUUGGACAUUCUUUUGUGUGGUCUACUCUGGAAGAAGAAGUAUUACCAGGAUGGACAUCUUGUGUGAUUAAAGAUAACCCAUUCUGUGACUUUAUUACCGUUCCUUGGAUGAAACAUUUAGUAGGACCCAUUGUUCGCAUUUUGCUAGAUUACAUGGAUUACGUUCCUCUAUGCCCAAAACUUAAGUUUGCUUUGGAGACCCAGAAAGAAUGGGCAGAGAUCCAACAAAUAUUAGAGAAUCCUCGUCCACUGAAGCAUUUGUGCCGCCUGAAAAUACGUAAAUAUAUAGGACUGGAGCAGACACAGCAGCUGCAGUCAAUGCAGAAAGUUCCUCUUCCACCAGUUCUCAAAGCAUAUAUCUUAUACAAAGAAUAUGAUCUUUAUGGAAGGGAGCUACAUAUGGCAUGAUGGUCAGAAUUCCUGACACUGUCACUUCAUUGUUAAGCCUAACUGAACCUAUGAUGGAAUAGUGAUACUUGGAAGUAGACAUGCCAAGGUUGAAAGUGCCCAAAGGGUAUGCCUUGUGGCUGAGUCCAGAAGUUUCCCGCUUGUGGAAGUGCACUUUUAUUUUUGAGUGGAAAAAAGUGAAACCAGAGGCAAAGAUGUUCUUCCACAUGCACAACUAUAAGAAUGAAAACUGCUAUCAAGCAUUGCCUGUUCUAGCACUGGAUGAACUCUUGCACAAACUCUUACUUAGGCAUUUGCAAAACAGCUGUAGUAGCUGUUUUCCUUCUACUCAUUUGGUUAUUUGGUUCCAACAUGCACAAACAGAAGCACUCUCACAAUACGUUUUUCAUAUGAUAAAAAUAACUGCCUUUCUCAAAAUGUAUAAAAAUUAAAUUCUGGAUAUUUCAGUUUGCA